CGAGACCCUCAUCCCGCCGACGGAGUCCAUACCGCGUGCCACCAUGUCCACGACAUCUCUGGGAUACUCCACCGCGCUGAGCACCUCGCGUAGAGAGGACGUACUCCCACAUGAACUGAGGCUAGCUAUCCAACGUGUGCUUGACUUGCGUCCGGACGCGGACACGAACCCCUUGGACGACCUGUCGGAUGAUUUCAGUCCAAUUGGUGUGCUGAACGAGUUCUUUCCGGACGAGGCGUCUCUCAGUAAGCUUGAAACUGUGCAGACGCAGCUCGUUCAGACCGAGAAGGAACUGCAAGAUGAGAUUUCUGCGUUGCAAGAGGAAUUGCAGAAGGAACAAGAUCCUAACAGGAUGCAGUCCAUCCAGGAAAUGAUAUCUGACCUACUGGGGCAGAUGUCUCGUAUCCGGGAAAAGGCUACAGAGUCAGAAGCUGUAGUACGAAACAUUACGAAAGAGAUUCAGGUUCUUGAUCUUGCGAAGAGAAACCUUAUUCUUAGUAUGACUACUAUGAAGCGACUCCAGAGCUUAGUGAGUGCGUUAGGGCAGCUGGAGGAGCAGAUGCGUGAAAAUAAGUACCAGGACAUUGCUCAGACUCUUGCCGCUGUAAAGCAAAUCAUCGCGUCAUUCAGGCAGUAUACCUCUCUUCAUAGAAUGUCUCAGAUCUCCCGGCGUGUACAUGAUAUUCAAAACGAGCUCCGCGCAAAGAUCGACGCGGAUUGGGACAAAUUCUAUGCUCAAGAUCCUGCUAAACCAGUCAAGCCCUCGACUAUGGCAGCUGCGUGCCGUGUGAUUGACGUUCUUGGCCCCGACAUUCGUGUGUCGUUCAUCGAGCGAUACGUCGCGCUCGAGCUCAAGGAGUAUCGGCGGAUCUUCAAGGCGAGUGACGAGGCGGGCCAACUGGACAAUGUAACAAACCGCUUCGGGUGGUUCAGGCGCCUGUUACAGACACAUGAGACCGAGACAGGAAGAGUCUUCCCUGGUGACUGGCAGGUCGGGUGGCAUUUGACAGCCAAGUUCAUCGAAAUCACCAGAGACGACAUGACGACACUACUUUCGAAGCCUGGGUCUGGUCUUACAGUCAAACAGCUUUUGGACACCCUGCAGGAAGUUCUUGACUUUGAGGCUUCAAUUGUCAAGAAAUACGCGAUUCCACUGGCAGACAUCCUCAAGGCGACUCAGCCGGUAACAGGGAUGCGUCUAAACAAGCCAAUCUCUACAGCCUUCGAGCCACAUAUGAGCAUCUUCAUCUCUGCCCAGGACAAGGCACUGUCUGACAUGCUAUCCAAACACCGUGGGACCAAGUCUCGGCCUUCGCUGGAAGCAAUCAGUUCAGAAGGCGACGAUAGUGAGCCGAGAACUUCAGUGCUCCCGAGCUCGACAGAGCUAUUCUACUUCUAUGCACAAAUCCUGGAGCAAUGUGCGAACUUGUUUACGGGGCAGCCGCUUUAUGACUUGUGUCAGCUGCAAAAGAAAUGGCUGAGGAUAUAUGCGGAGGAAGUCUUGGUCGCGGGUCUGAAACGCCCCACGACCUUCACUCGCCAUUCAGUGGAAGCUCGUCUGGAUAUGAACGAAUUGAAGAAUGCGUGUGUUCUAAUCAACACAGCGGACUACUGCCAUCAAACGGCGCUCGAGCUUGAAGAGAAGAUCCGCGAGAAGGUGAGCGAGGCGUAUAAACAGAGGAUCUCCUUCCAAGAGGAAUGCGACUUCUUCGUCAGCGCCGUCUCCGCCGCAAUUCUCGUCAUCUUGAAAGAACUCGAGAACGCAUGCGACUCUGCCUUUACGACCAUGUCGCGCAUCACAUGGGGCACUCUCAACCUCGUCAGCGGCAACUCAUCAUACGUCGACGACCUCGUCAAAGCAGCUGAGAACGUCGUGGACGCUGUGAGGCCACUGGUAGACCAGAAGAAAUACUUGAGAAACUUCUUCGACAAGGCGGCGGGUCUCCUGAUCGCGAAGUUCACGAAUGCUCUAGUAAGGGGCAGACCUUUGAAGGAGGUUGGUGCAGAGCAGCGCUCUCAGCUCCUCAUUGACUUGGGUGUCCUCAAGGCAUGCUUGCUACGAAUACCUGGUGAAGCAAACAUCACUGCAAACUACACUCGUACUGUUACCAAAAACACGCAGAGGCUAGAGGCUCUGCUCAAAGUGAUUGUUACGCCGGUGGACCCUGCUGAAGGUUUCGUCCUAAACUACACGCUACUGAUUGGCGAUCAGUCGUUCUCUAACUUCCAAAAAAUUUUGGAUCUGAAAGGCACGCCAAACCAACAACAGAACGAACUAAUGGACACCUUCCUCACGAUCACAAGCACAAAGACCGAUUUGGAGAACACCUCCUUCCUCUCUUCGCUCGACAUGGAUCCCGCUCACUCCUCCACCCUUGCUAACUCCAACCUUGGUAGUCCGAGUGGGAGCCGCGUUAAUCUACUUACAGGCACGGGUGGCGAGAGUAUCCUCGCCGCUCUGACAUCGCCAUCGUUCACGAGCGCGCUCAGUGGGAGCGACACGCCCCCGCGCGAGCAGCAGCCGGCGAGCAAGUUCUCAGACUUCAGGCGUUUUGUCAGCUUUGCCGUAAGGCGGGAUUCAGUGCAGCACCCAUGAUGUUUUGCGAGGACCCUGCGCGAUGAACGCGGUUCGGAGAGUAGAAACAGGGCUGCUUGUCUUAUAUCGUAUGCUAUGUUUAUCGUUUGCGUGUUUCAGUGAGCGUGUCUUUUGUUAUAGGGGUAUUCAAAGUUAGCUUUGGAAGGCUUUGGACGCUUUAGAUUUCUAUGCGUUUCAGAGUGAGAGCAUGUCUUUCAUUUGUUUUGUUAUGUAAAUCAUUUACGUGUCACUGAUACGUUUCAGCUUCUUCUAUCUCAUCAGUAUGACAAAGCUGUAUGUGAGGGG